AAUAUGUUCAUGAACAAUUAAAUUGUAUACCUUCAGGUAGAAUUUAUGAAAAAAAUCGGAAGAAAAAGUGUUAAAAAUUUGGUGCAACGAUGUAUGAGCCGCUUAUUUACAAAUGAAUUCGGUAUAGACUGUUCUUGGUAUGGUCGUAGGAAUAAUCAUCGCAUGUGCGAUUUGAAAUGCAUUCGCAUCAUAAAAGAUGCGUUAAGAGCCAAAGGUGUUGACGAAUGCGACUUUGAAACUGCAGCAAGCGAAUGGUUUCGUCUUUGCAAACUACAAUACGAUCGAGAAAAUAAAAAGAUAUUAGCCGAUAAUAAUGAUUCACACGAAAUAAAGACGUAGCUUUCACUGCAUUUUCUACUUACAUAUACUGUUACGUAAAAGUUAAAAAUCUCAGUUUUUUGUUAUUUAAAUUAUGUCUUUAUGUAGAUUAUGCCUUUUUAAAUUAUAUUGCAAAAGUUAUA